AUGGACGACGAUGAAUGGGAGAUAGCAAAACAGCUGUGUGACAUCCUCAAGGUCUUCAACGACGCAACCUUGUACUUCUCACGCGACACACCUAGCUUACCUAUGGUCAUUCCGGCCAUGGAUAUCAUCGAUGAGAAGCUGACAAAUGACUCUCUCGACUCCGACUAUGAGCCCUGUAUCUGCGCUGCCCUCGGGAUGGCGAAGAAGACACUGAAUCGCUACUACGACAAGACCGAUCUUUCCAACAUGUACCGCAUCGCAAUGGUGCUACACCCCUCCCACAAACUGCAGUACUUCCAGAAUGCCGAUUGGCAGGCAGAAUGGAUCACGACAGCAAGGGCGCUGGUCCAUGAAGAGUAUGACUGUGCUUAUGCGCAAUGUGCAGUGAAUGUCAAGCCUACUCAGAUGAAGCAAUCGGAACACAUGCCAUCUAGCAACAUGUUCGACAACCUCCUGAAUGCGAAUGUCUCCAAGGGCAAAGACAAUCGCGAUGAGCUCAAAUGCUAUCUCGAUGCUGACACAGAGCAUGUUGAUGGUGAUGCGCUUGGCUGGUGGUACGUGCGGUGCAAGGAGUUCCCUCAUCUAUCGUGGAUGGCCAUGAGUUAUCUUACUAUUCCCGCCACGUCUGUUGACGUUGAGCACAUCUUCAGCAAGGGGCACAUAUUGUUACCACAUCUGCAAAAUGGUCUCUCCGUGGAGUCUAUUCGUGCUCUUCUGUGUCUUGCGGAGUGA